AGAUCUUGUUCCUAAAAUGGAUGACCUGGAUGGAGAUUUCCAGUUUCUAAUUGAAGUUCAGGCUCAAGAAUUGACUAAAUUGAGGCACAAGUUGGAGGAAGGGAGACAUACUGCCUCCAUGCUCCAUCAGAAUCUCAGCAGUCUCCUCGCUGAAGAUGACCAGCACAGAUACCAGAAUCAGAGUCACAGAGAAAUACUUGUAGAGGAGAGUAAGCUGGCCAAGUGCAUUGCCCACAGACUUAGGUCAGAUAAUCUAGCCGAUGAGGAGGAGGAUGAUCAAACAACCAUGGGUUUCAGGUAAGAGUGAAUGAUCAAGGUCUCCUAAACUAGUGUGAAAUCCACCGGAUUGUGCAACAUUCAAGACUAUGGAU